AACUGUGAUGAUCAAUCAUGUCUUCAUUUCUGACACUGUUAUUUGAUUGUUUGAUUAGUGAAGAUGAAGAAGAGGAUUUCUCAAAAGGAGCUGAAGAUUUUGUUGAAGCAGUUAAAAAAAGGAGAACGCAGAGACAGAGUGAUAAUGUUUCAGAAUCUUCCCUGGGAAUUGAAUCUCUGAUCAUUGGGGCUGCGACAUUUGAACGCUCAUACAGUAUAACACGUCACAGGCCAUCAGAGAAGGUUAUACAGCUUAACUUAUUAGGAGUCAGGAGAAGGUGUCGGAAAUCUGGAGUUGGGAAGUUCCUUCUUGAAACUCUAAAAGAUCCAACUAUCAUUGGUUCCUAUGAUACAAUAGCCGCAUAUGCUGAUAAUGAUGCUGUGGAUUUCUUCAAGAGAAAUGGCUUCACUGAUGAUGUUGUUCUCUGCAGCAGAUUUAGUGAACUGACAGAUCACUGGAUCAAUAGUACUUUGAUGUGUUACCUCCCUCCAUUCACUGGCUCUGAUUUUUCUGGUGCAUUCAGGAGUGAUGAGGAUCUGAAAGCUAUGGAUGAUGAUUUAAGAAAAUGGAGAGAGAAAAGCCUUGAGGCAUACCAAGCUCAGGCUACUUGUAUGGUGAGAAUGCAGCAUGAAAUAAAGACUCUGAAAGCUGUGGUGGACACACAAGAAGAAGCCAUUAAGACCCUGACAAGCGCUAAAGAACGAAUUGAAAAGGAGAAAUAUAAAUUGGAAAAAGAACUACUUGCUUACAAGGUGAGGGUAAAAGAUGGUAUCUUAACAGAUGAAGACUCUGAUGGUGAUGAUGACUUAUAUGAAGCACUUGCUCAAAUGCUUAGCAAAAAACACGUCACUGACAUCGAGAUGGACUUGGACCUGGAUGCGAUUUCCCAUGGAGACUUUCGUGACGUGCCUCAAGAGGAUGAAGAGUUAGUUUCCUCGUUUAUCACAAGUCGCAGUGAGAAACACCUUGUACAUCAGAUCAAACGUAGCUUAAUGGCCACCAAACACUACACUGAUAUCACAGUUAACAGUGUGAGGAAGGUCGAGUCCUGCCACGUAGCUUUUAUGGAAACUGGUUUUGAUUCCAGAACUCAGCGACUUGGCGACCCUGUAAUCUGUACUCAGCUGUACUUCUGUGGAGGCGGCAAUGAUGAACAAAUCGAAAAAAUCAUGAAACGAGGAUUUAGCAAAGAAGACUUCACUCGUGGUCCGUAUGGCAAAGGUUUAUAUUUUUCCAUGCAAGCCAGUCAAGCGGCGGCAUUUUCAGCGGUGAAGUACUUUUUGUCGUGUAUUUCUAAAUGAAGUUUAUUGAAACUGAAAAUGAAUUUUCCCUCCGCCUAGAAGACUAAAGCCUGGUUUUCAUUAGCGACGCAAGCACAAA